AUGUUGAAGGACGAGGUGCGCACGCUCACAUAUCGCAAUGCUAUGUUCCACAACAGACACCUCUUCAAAGACAAGGUGGUGCUGGAUGUGGGCUGUGGCACUGGUAUUCUCUCAAUGUUUGCUGCCAGGGCCGGCGCCUCAAAAGUCUAUGGCAUUGAGAUGUCAAAUAUUGUUGAGCACGCAAAGAAAAUUGUUGCUAACAAUAAUUUGGACAAAGUGGUGGAGAUCAUCCAGGGUAAGGUGGAGGAAGUGAGCCUGCCUGUAGAGAAGGUGGACAUCAUCAUCAGCGAGUGGAUGGGGUACUGCCUGUUCUACGAGAGCAUGCUGGACACGGUCCUGUUUGCCAGAGACAAGUGGCUCGCCCCCAACGGUAUCCUCUUCCCUGACCGUGCCACGCUCUUCGUAUCUGCCAUUGAGGACCGCCAAUACAAGGACGACAAGAUCAACUGGUGGGAGAACGUGUACGGCUUCGACAUGUCCUGCAUCAGAACGGUGGCUAUGACCGAGCCCCUCGUGGACGUGGUCGAGGCCAAGCAGGUGGUCACUAAUUCGUGCCUCGUUAAGGAGGUUGACCUCUACACCGUCAAGAAAGAGGACCUCGCCUUCAAGUCCCCCUUCCAUCUGCAGGUCCGCCGGAACGAUUACGUUCACGCCCUCAUCACGUACUUCAACAUCGAGUUCACAAAGUGCCACAAGCGCACAGGCUUCUCUACAGCCCCUGAGGCUCGCUACACUCACUGGAAACAGACGGUCUUCUACCUGGACGACUACAUCACCGCCAAGAACGGCGAGGAGAUCACGGGCACCUUCACCAUGAAGCCCAACGAGCGCAAUAACAGGGACCUCGACUUCCACGUCAGCGUAGAGUUCGAGGGCGAGCUUUCUUCUUGUAAAGAAAGUCACAGCUAUAAGAUGCGCUAACGUCCUAUUCUUAGUGCUUAUUUCAGGUUACCGCCUUUAGUGUCCGGUUUCGGUCUUUCAUCGUCGGCUAGAGAAGAUUCAUCGUCGGCUAGAGAAGAUUUCCGUUGAGUACGACUGUCAUAUCUCUGCGACUGUCGUAUGCGAUGGUCUGUUCUUCACGCAACGGCUUUGAACUAAAUUACUCGUGCAUCACAUGUCAAGUUUAAUACAUUUUCUGUAUUUUGAAAAUUCAACUAAUUCAGCAGUAUUCAGUUAUCCACACACCAAGAAAUACCCGUUAUACAACCACCAGAAAUGCACUGGUUAACUGGAAUCUCGUACACUUUACUUCUCAAUGCUUCCUUGGGCCAGAUACAGAAAAACUCGCGGAAGCUGUGCAAUGGUGGCAGGUCUGGGUUAACCGCCUGUGAUUGGCAUGACCGUUUGACGGGACGACGCUUGACUGGCGAAGUUAGCAUCAAAUUCCGCCAGUAUUUGUGCCCAAUAUUUAGGAUAGGACAUGAACUUCUGUAGGUAAAGUGCGUAUACGUAACGUAAUGAAUCAUGACGCUAAUAAUGCAAAGGAUUGGUCACUGUAUAUCUGAGCGCACACCAUAGGCGGGUAGUACGCUUCGCCUCGAUAGGAAAGACACGUGCGCGGCUUAAUAAACUUUUUUUAUA